AUGGAGUCCACUACUCACAUCAAGUUCGAGAACUCCCCUGCGGAUAGCCUGGCCGACAGCUUUGUCUCGACGCCAGGUACCGCAUACCCACCUCUCUUCGACGAUGACAUGGAGCCUCUCGAUGCCAUGACUCCUCAAUCAUACGACGACGACAACUUCAGAGGCUCGAUGGAUCCCAGUGUCGCUGGCACCCCUGCGCCCGAGAAGAAGCCAGUCAAGAAGAGGAAAUCGUGGGGGCAACAAUUACCAGAACCCAAGACUAAUCUGCCACCGAGAAAACGAGCAAAGACUGAAGAUGAGAAAGAGCAACGACGAGUAGAGCGAGUUCUCCGAAACCGUCGCGCAGCUCAAUCAUCAAGGGAACGAAAGCGACAAGAGGUCGAGAAGCUCGAGGCUGAGAAGAUGGCCGUCGAGCGGAAAGCCAAGGACCUCGAACUUCGCCUGGCAGAUAUGGAAGCAAAGAACGCACACCUUCAACGCCAACUGGAACAAAUGAAGGGUGGCAACAUGAGCGUCUUCGCCUCUUCACCAGCCGCAUCAUCGCCUAUUGCUGAGCUCCGACAAUCGAGUCCAGUAACCUUCACAACCACCAUAUUCGGCCAACAAGAAAUUGAAAGCCGACCAAUCAGCACACAAGCGUUACCUCAACCAGUCAAGACUGUCAACCCAGCCUCACUAUCUCCUGAGAUCCGCCCUGUUGCUGAGUCCUCCAACGCCAAUUCCUCCGACCUGACACAACAUCCUGCCGCGAUGUUCCAUACCCCUGACGCAGAUCGUCAAUUCCUUGAAAACGAACUCCCCGCUAUCGCCAACCAAUUCAAUUCUGAAUUUGAUAAUAUGGCUCACUACAACGAAGGCGUCUUUGACAACUUCACCUUCGAUGAAUACAUCAACAACGACGACCAGCCCGCGCCCGAGACUCAACGACUGCUAGCCUGCAGCCCCAACUUGGCGCGUCCUCUUAAGGAUGCGACGAUGGUGGCAAUGCGGCUAGCGUCUGAACAGCAGCUCUCCAACUGUUUCUCCUCUGUGGGUCCUAGUCGUCAUGAGUUGGGCAGUUCACCGAGUGUGGAAGCUCUCAUGACACUUCUUUGGGCGAUACAUGUUAUCGAGAAGGAACGAGAAAAUACUCUUCCUAAGCUGGACGUAGCUAUAGAUGAGGAACAGGAGGCGGAGUUUGCUUUCAGACCUAGUACAAUUAAACGACGAGAGCGAGAGGUUUCCUAUGUUAAGCAUGGCAGAAGGGGUCCGAUGGCGGGCUCUGGACGGAGCAAAAAGUCUCUUGGGGAUUGGCGCCCGGCGUUUGAUGGUCGUCCUCAUGGACGCUGA